CAAAGGCCAUUCAGAGCAACCACAAAGGGAGUAAGGAAGGGGUGGUCCCCUGGCCAUAAUACUCAGACAGACAAGCACGGGCACAGGAGCAAGCUCACAAUGGCCUUUCCUUCUCCAUCGCUUUCCUUUGCCGUCCUCGCCAUGCUCGUCCUCCUUCCCUCCCCAUCCCUCUCCGGCGACCCCGACUUGCUCCAGGACAUCUGCGUCGCGGAUCUCACGUCCACCGUGAAGGUGAACGGGUUCGCCUGCAAGGCUACCGUGACAGAGGACGACUUCUACUUCAAAGGCCUGGCCACCCCCGGUAACACCAACACCACCUACGGCUCCGUCGUCACCAGCGCCAAUGUCGAGAAGGUGCCAGGCCUCAACACCCUCGGCGUGUCCAUGUCGCGCAUCGACUACGCUCCUGGCAGCCUGAACCCGCCGCAUACCCACCCUCGCGCCACCGAGAUGGUGUUCGUCCUUCAGGGCACCCUGGACGUCGGCUUCAUAACCACCGGGAACAAGCUCGUCGCCAAGACCAUCAACGCCGGCGACGUCUUCGUCUUCCCACGCGGCCUGGUACACUUCCAGAAGAACAACGGGGACGCGCCCGCCACCGUCAUAUCGGCUUUCAACAGCCAGCUGCCCGGCACGCAGUCCCUCGCCAUGACGCUGUUCGCGGCCACGCCGGAGGUACCCAACAAUGUGCUCACCAUGGCGUUCCAGGUUGGCACCAAGGAGGUGCAGAAGAUCAAGUCCAGACUUGCUCCCAAAAAGAGCUAAGUGAUGUGAAAAGUUUGCGCUUCUAAUCGAUGUUCCUUUUCCGGACUUGUUCGGUUCCAUGUAUCUCUACCAAUUUGAAACUCUGCAUCUCAUUCUUCUCUGUAAUGUUGCUCUGCAGCAGGCACCAAAGGCCUAGUUGGCGUUCCUUGCUUGUAAUAAGGUGCAGGGUCAGAGCUUGUUUGUUCACUCCAAAUUCAAUCAUUUGACUGAUUACGGUGACA